AUGCAUUUUUCCAAACGGUGGCACAGUUAUCGUUCUUCUCUGCAGAAACCGCAUAUUUUACGGUAUAUAAUCGUUCCCUGUGUUUAAAACCACCCAAAGUAUGGAGAACUUAACUUUAAGUGAACUGUACACUUCCGAAAAACGGGGCAACGAUGAAACGGGCAAGGGAACGGAACAGGAACCGUUCAAAACCAUCCUGCGGGCAAUGAAGCACGCCGGUAAGGAACCGUUCCCGACCAUUUACGUCGACAGCAAAGACGAAAAGUCGGAGUCACCGUACGAGGUGGCCGCCAAGUCGCAGCUGAAGAAAAUUCAGAAACUCUGGGUACGCGACAACAACAAAGGCGACAAGCAAAAGCGCGAGGAAGAGGAGAAGGCCAAGAACCGCGAACAGAACCUGGAGGAGGCGAAAAAAAUCACCAUCCAGCAGGAUCCAUCCUGGCCUGAGGCAAAACCCAUUAAAAUCAUCCAUGGCUCCAAGAGCCGCGACGUACGUGUGCGCAUUUACGGAUGGGUUCAUCGGCUGCGAAGGCAGGGUAAGGGCUUGAUGUUCCUCACGCUGCGCGACGGGACGGGUUUCCUGCAGUGCGUACUUACGGACACCCUGUGUCAGACGUACAACGCGUUGGUGCUGUCGACAGAAUCGUCGGUGCAAUUGUUUGGUACGCUGAAGGAAGUACCGGCGGGAAAAACCGCCCCAGGCGGACACGAAAUGCGUGUGGACUACUGGGAGCUGAUUGGGCUGGCGCCGGCCGGUGGUGCCGAUGCCAUCCUCAACGAGGAAGCCCACCCGGACGUGCAGCUGGACAACCGGCAUAUCAUGAUCCGUGGUGAAAACACGUCCAAGGUGUUGAAGAUGCGCGAUGUGGUGAUGCAGGCAUUCCGCUCGCAUUACUUUGACCGUGGCUACACGGAAGUCACUCCACCAACGCUCGUCCAAACGCAAGUCGAAGGAGGAUCGACGCUGUUCAAACUUGAUUACUUCGGUGAGGAAGCUUACCUUACCCAAAGCUCCCAGCUAUACCUUGAGACAUGCAUCCCGGCACUGGGUGAUGUGUUUUGCGUGGCGCAAAGUUACCGUGCGGAACAAAGCCGCACACGCCGCCAUUUGGCUGAGUACAGCCACAUCGAAGGCGAGUGUCCCUUCAUCACCUUCGACGAGUUGCUGGAUCGUCUCGAGGAUUUGAUUGUUGACGUUACCGAGCGCGUUCUUAAAUCCCCGUGGGGAUACAUGGUGCAGGAGCUGAACCCGGGCUUCGUCGCACCGAAGCGUCCCUUCCGCCGGAUGAACUAUGCCGAUGCGAUCACCUGGCUGAAGGAGAACAACGUAACAAAGGAGGACGGUAGCUUCUACGAGUUCGGUGAGGAUAUUCCCGAAGCGCCCGAGCGGAAGAUGACCGACACGAUCAACGAGCCGAUCAUGCUGUGCCGUUUUCCGGCGGAAAUCAAAUCCUUCUAUAUGGCCAAAUGCGAGGACGAUCCACGCCUGACGGAGAGCGUCGAUGUGCUGCUGCCGAAUGUGGGUGAAAUCGUCGGCGGAUCGAUGAGGUCGUUCAAGUACGAUGAGCUGAUGGAUGGCUACAAGCGCGAAGGAAUCGACCCGAAACCGUACUACUGGUACGUUGAUCAGCGUGUGUACGGCACGCAACCGCACGGUGGCUACGGGCUGGGAUUGGAGCGGUUCCUCUGCUGGCUGCUCAACCGUUACCAUAUCCGAGAAGUUUGCCUAUAUCCUCGGUUCCUCGAGCGAUGCAAACCUUAAAAAGGUAAAAGACAUGCGUGAACGAAACAUGAGCAUUUUUCUGGCAACGCUUCUCAAACAAGCCAUGCACGUUUUGGCUCUGCUUAUUUAAAUGUUCUAAUAAUAAAGUUUAACUAUCUCGGCAA